UUCCUUUUCCUCUUCAAAGUUCAACCACAAAAACACAAAGUUUCAAGUUUUUCAACCCGGCAUCGAGUCGGUGAGUCGACUGAGCCCAUUGGAAAUGGUCAAGAAUCGUUGAUAUACAGCUUCGUGGCUCGUGGCACAGUGGUACUGGCGGAGUUCACCGAGUUCACCGGAAACUUUCCGGCGAUUGCAGCUCAGUGCCUGCAGAGAUUGCCUUCUUCAAAUAAUAAGUUUACUUACAAUUGUGAUCAUCAUACUUUUAACUUCCUAGUUGAAGAUGGCUACGCUUAUUGUGUUGUCGCCAAAGAAUCUGUUGGAAAGCAUAUCUCAUUCACGUUUCUGGACCGUAUUAAAACUGAUUUCAAGAAAAGAUAUGGUGGUGGUAAAGCAAGUACAGCAGUUGCCAAAAGUCUCAAUAAGGAAUUCGGGCCACUUAUCAAAGAGCAAAUGCAAUACACAAUAGACCAUGCUGAUGAGAUUGAUAAACUAUUAAAAGUAAAGGCCCAAGUUUCGCAAGUCAAAAGUAUUAUGCUGGAGAAUAUAGAUAAGGCUGUUGAUAGGGGAGAAAACUUAACCAUUCUUACCAACAAAGCUAAAGAGCUGCGUGAUUCGGCUAAAGAAUUCCAGAAAACGGGGACGCAAGUCCGAAGAAAGAUGUGGUAUCAGAAUAUGAAAAUAAAGUUGGUCGUGCUCGGAAUCGUCCUGCUCCUGGUCCUUAUCAUCUGGGUUUCCAUUUGCCAUGGUUUCGAUUGCACCAACUAGAGUAUAUAUGCAUCCUGUCCGGUCUAAUAAAGUGAGUCUUUAUUCUCCUCCCUGGAUUCAAAUUGUACGAUUUCAUUUGGUGAAGGAGUUCUCUGUCGAACGAGAAAUAUACUAGCUAUUCAUACACACUGGAUGUCGUCUAAGCUGGGUUUUACGGUGCGUAUGUAAUUGCUGCAACUGUUUAUUCUGAAUUUCUUCGAAUGUAGACAUUCUUUUAAAGAUCUAUACUAGUGUCGAUAGAUGAUUUUGAUAUAGCAUUCUUGUUAAAUUUGUUGCUCAUUAAUUACUUGACCGAACCAUUGUAAUGUAUAAGUUUUUCUCGAACCA